GUUGACUUACAUAGGUAAGCCAUGGAGGAGCUAGGAUAGAACCUUGCCUUCUACAGAUUAAAGUAGAAUGGAGAUGCUUGGACUGUCACUCCAGGGGUAUCAUAACAUAACUAUGUGCAAGUAUCCACAUGCCAGCCUAUCUUGCACACAUUGUUUAUGUUGACGCCUUGAUCUGGACGCCAUGUUUCAGAUCAGACAUGUCUUGAUCAAGUACUCCGCACCGAAAGGUUAUGUAAAAGUAGAGCUAGACCAUAGGCAUAAAAUCCCUGCCCACCAUGACCUACUUAGAUCCCCCAUAUCCUCAUGGAUCCUUUGGCUUUGGAGCGCAGUCUAUGGUACUUCUGUGAUGACAACUCAAAGUCUGGAUCUACCACAAUUAAAUGUCGUCAUGCCAGUCUCAGGGAUGAAUUAUGGAGUUAUGGGGAAUGGGGGAGUGCCCGCAGUGAUCAUCGUGGUUGUCCCUCGAUCCCUUGCUUGUAUUAUGGCUAUAUUGCUUUUGGGUAAUUCUCCGCCAGCAAGGGCAGCCGCCCGAUUUUGUGCGCAGAAUUAUUGAAAACAACCUGGAACAUUCCGUACUUUGUUCGGGCCAAGGCUGUCUUUCAAAUGUCGAAAAGACGGGAGUCUCUAUUGGUAUAUCAAGAAUUAUUUAUCAACUUCAAACUGACUUCAAAAAAGAGAAAGAGCGGUCUACUUGUU